AUGGAGAAAUACGAGAAGCUAGAGAAAGUCGGAGAAGGAACGUACGGGAAAGUUUACAAGGCGAUAGAGAAAGGAACAGGGAAGCUUGUCGCUCUGAAGAAAACCAGGCUCGAGAUCGACGACGAAGGUAUUCCACCAACUGCACUUCGUGAGAUUUCGCUUCUCCAGAUGUUAUCAACAUCGAUCUAUGUCGUUCGAUUACUCUGCGUCGAGCACGUUCUUCGAUCAUCUUCAACCAAAUCUCAAUCCCAGAAAUCGAAUCUCUAUCUCGUUUUCGAGUACCUUGAUACCGAUCUUAAGAAAUUCAUCGAUUCGCAUAGGAAAUGUGCUAAUCCUAAGCCACUUGAUCCUUCUCUGAUUCAGAAGUUGAUGUUUCAGCUUUGUAAAGGAGUCGCACAUUGUCAUAGUCACGGUGUGCUUCACCGUGAUUUGAAACCGCAGAAUCUUCUUCUGGUGAAAGAUAAAGAGCUUCUUAAAAUCGCUGAUUUGGGUUUAGGUCGUGCUUUCACUGUACCUCUUAAGGCAUAUACGCAUGAGAUUGUUACUCUUUGGUAUAGAGCUCCUGAAGUUCUUCUUGGCUCCACUCAUUAUUCAACUGCUGUUGAUAUUUGGUCUGUUGGUUGCAUCUUUGCUGAGAUGGUUAGGAGGCAAGCUCUAUUCCCUGGUGAUUCUGAGUUUCAGCAAUUGCUUCAUAUCUUCAGAUUGCUAGGAACACCCACUGAGCAGGAAUGGCCGGGUGUUUCCUCUCUGCGUGACUGGCAUGUCUACCCAAAGUGGGAGAGACAAAACUUAACACGCGCUGUUCCAUCUCUUUCGCCUCAAGGAGUUGAUCUUCUCACGAAAAUGCUCAAGUACAAUCCAACCGAAAGAAUUGAAGCGAAAACAGCACUUGAUCACCCAUACUUCGACAGCCUUGACAAGUCUCAGUUCUGA